GUCAUUGAACCCUCAUUUUCUUCACCCUCCUUUUCUUGUUGCAACACACUGACAACACUCGUAUCUCGAUGGAUUGAGCGACAGGGAAGGAGAAGGUACGAAGCAUGGAUCAGCCUUGUAAAUGGGGCAUACUGCUACCUUUUGCAGCCAUGGUUACAGUUCAGUUUACCGAUGUGGGGAUAUCAACUAUAAGCAAAGCAGCUAUGUCAAGAGGAAUGAGCAGUUAUGUUUUGAUUGUCUACUCUAAUGCCCUUGCUACCCUCCUUCUCCUUCCCUCUUUCAUUUUACAAAAGAAGCAGGUUUCUCUUACCUUUUCGUUCCUUUGCGGACUCUUCCUCCUAGGCCUAAUCGGGAGUUCAAGUAUAUUAUUGUCAUAUAAUGGCAUCAACUACAGCUCACCAACACUUUCUUCAGCUAUGGCAAAUCUUAUACCAAUCUACACGUUCAUGUUGGCAAUCAUUUUCAGGAUGGAAAAACUAGAUUUGAGGAGAUCAAGCAGUCAAGCUAAAGUGUUGGGCACUAUAGUAUCAGUCUCUGGAGCAUUUAUAAUAAUCCUAUAUAAGGGCUUAGUAAUCUUAAAGCCUUCAUCACCAUCCAACUUCCUCAUGAUCUCACAUCAGUCAAACUCAAGGUGGGUCUUUGGAGGUCUUAUGCUGGCAAUGUCCUGCCUUUUGUCUGCAAUUUGGAACAUUGUUCAGGCAUCCAUUGUUAAAAACUGUCCAUCAAAGGUGACAGUGGUCUUCUUCUACACGUUCUUUAUGACAAUCCAAUGCACAAUAUUUUCUCUGAUUGUGGAAAGGAAUCCGAAUACUUGGGUUAUAAGACCUGGCAUUGAGAUGAUCUCCAUUGUCUGCUCAGCUAUAAUGGGGAAUGUGUUCCAUGUUGGUGUUCAUACUUGGUGCUUGCACCAAAAGGGACCUGUCUUUGUAGCCAUGUUCAGACCUUUGGGAGUUGCCAUUGCAGCUGUCAUGGUGGUCUUCUUCCUCGGCGAUCCGCUUCAUCUUGGCAGUGUGGUUGGAUCUGUCAUCAUUGCCAUUGGGUUUUAUGCUAUGAUGUGGGCACAAAUCAAAGAAAAGGGCAGUAAUGUUGUGGAGAAUGAAGUCCACAGCUUGGCAUCAACAAACCAACACACCACCCCUCUUUUGCAAUGCAGAAGCACAGAAGAAGAAAAUGUUUAACACAGUUCAUUUAGGGAUUGGAUAAGUAAUCGGGGCUUCAUCUAUAGAUGAAGAUCUUCAAAUCA